AUGCCAGCGAGCCUCCUGAGUCUUCCUGCCGAACUUCGUAAUGAGAUAUACAAAUAUCUCCUUAUACGCAGAGAGCCUAUUGAUCCCUGGAAUGGAGAUCAUGAGCUAGAACUCAAUCUCCUCUCCACGAAUUCGGCCAUCUUACAUGAGGCAGGGUCACUACUAUAUGGCCAUAACUGCUUUGACCUCACAUGGGAACCUUGCCGUAUACCUGAAUUUCUUGUUACAAUUGGUUUUAUCAACGCAUCUCACCUUCAAUGUAUCCGCAUCGACUUUCCUGAGCUUCACGAUCUUGAAGACGAGGUCAGCCUGGGCGAACACAGCGUUCAUAUCCUGGAAAAGAUCCAAUCACGCUGUACCAACCUAAAAAAGCUCAUAACAGCCGCAGAUAGCACAAAUGCUGUGGAAUACCAGCUGGAUUCAUUUGACAGUUCUAAGAUUUGUGCUAAGGCAUUAGCAUUGGUGGAUGCUCACUUCAGAAAAAUUUCGUCUCUCCAAGAAGUUGUCAUCGAGGUUUAUGGGGAAGGUCCAAGCUCAGAUAUUCGAAGGGAAAUGGAGAGUCAAGGAUGGAAACUCAACGGAGUGGAGCCAGCGGAAGAAGAGGAGUGGGACAUCGGCAGAUUUUGGGAUGAUAUUGAAGAUGAAGAUUAUCUUUUUGAUGAUUACGACGAUGAUGAGUAUGACAUUGACAAUGACAGCGACUUUUGGAGAAGAGCGGCAGAUUAG